UUCCCCUUCGUGUUUACUUCAGUCAGUAGGUUCCUGCAGUGAAGCUCGUGUAUAUCAACUGCAGCUGAUCAGAACCUUGGACCUUUAUCUCAGUGACAUUUUAUCAUUAACAGUUUCCUAUCCCACAGCAUAUUUUCGGGCCAGCCUCUUGUGGACCUUGCACAGGUUGGCUAAUCGGGUUCACUGUUUUUUGUUGUUUUUUUUUUCACCGGAAAGAUGACGCUAAAAUCCAAUAAAAACGAACCUGCUGUCAUACUGGAGCCCGUGGACUCUGUCCGGACAGCCCUCUCUGACCUCUACCUGGAGCACCUUCUUCAAAACAAACCAAAGCCUGACAAGCAGGUAGCUAUGCAAACCUUUGAGAAUAAAGGAGCUGAGGUUUAUACCAAUGGAAGUGCCAGACAUGCGAACGGCACCGAGUUGACCAAAAUGAGAGAAGUCAUGUUUGAAAAAAAUCCCUCGGAGCCGAUGGGGGUGACUCUAAAAAUGAACGACAAGCAAAGGUGCACAGUGGCCAGAAUAUUACAUGGUGGAUUUAUACACCGACAAGGAUCCUUGCAUGAAGGGGAUGAGAUAGCAGAAAUCAAUGGGAAAAGUGUGACUAACCACACAGUCGAUCAGCUACAAAAGAUUUUGAAAGAAACCAACGGAAUAGUCACAAUGAAGAUUGUUUCUAAUCAGAAGAGUCGAUCCAAACCAUGUGAGACGUACAUGAGGGCCCAGUUUAACUACGACCCCUCCAUAGAUGAGCUCAUCCCGUGCAAAGAGGCUGGCCUACGUUUUCAAACUGGUGACGUCAUUCAAAUCAUCAACAAGCAGGAUCCCAACUGGUGGCAGGGCACGGUAGAGAGCAGUGCAGCAGACUUUGCUGGACUAAUACCGUCGCCAGAGCUCCAAGAAUGGAGAGUGGCAAGUAAAAGCAACACCAAAGACGGCAGCCAGUCCUGGAGCCCAUUCGGAAAGAAAAAGAAGUGCAAAGACAAGUACCUGGCUAAGCACAGCUCAAUUUUUGACCAGCUAGAUGUCAUUUCUUAUGAGGAAGUUGUCCGGCUGCCUGCUUUCAAACGGAAAACAUUGGUGCUCAUUGGUGCACAUGGGGUAGGGAGGAGUCACAUCAAAAAUUCCUUGCUGACCAAAUAUCCUGACAAAUUUUCUUAUCCUGUACCACACACCACCAGAGCACAACGUAAGGACGAGGACGAUGGACAAGAAUAUUAUUUCAUUUCCAACGACGCCAUGACCAAGUGCAUCUCAGAAAAUGAGCUGCUAGAGUACGGCAGCUUCCAGGGAAAUAUGUUUGGUACCAAAAUUGAGACCAUUCAAAAGAUCCAUGAGCAAGGAAAAAUUGCGCUGCUGGAUGUAGAACCACAGACGUUGAAGGUUUUAAGGACUGCUGACUUUGCUCCUCUGGUGGUAUUCAUCGCACCCACCGACACAGCUCCUCAGACGGAAAACCUGACGAUGAUCCAGAAGGAGUCCGAGGCCAUACUAACGGCCUACAGACACUUCUUUGACUUGAUCAUAGUCAACAAUGAUGUGGAUGCAAGUGUGAAAUGUGUUGAAGAGGCCUUGGAGAAGGCCACCUCCACUCCACAGUGGGUGCCUGUCUCGUGGGUGUACUGAUAGAUAAUAGACACCAGUGUGACAGCUUGUUUUAUUUUCGAAGCAGUGCAAUAUCACUUCUGACACAAAACCUCUGCGUUUAGUGAUGUCUGACUGGGUUUACGUUGAAAAGAAAAAAAAGCAAUAUUAAGAAAGAUCUACUGUAAAAAUGAGAAAGCUGAAAAUCUUACCAGAGAUGCAUUAUUUAGUCAUUCGGCUAUGUUUACUUGAGGCUUUUGAGAGUGUUUUGGAUAGGUUUGGUGCCAUUCAACUUUGUGAUUGUUGUUUUGUGGAUAAAAGUAAAAUAAGACCGCAACUGUGAAAGAUAUCUUCCCUUUUAAGUCACUGAAUUUUAUUAUUAUGUAACAAUCUAACUAUUUCUUCAGUUAUUAAAAAAAUGAAUUAUUUUUCCAACGGCACAUGUAACUUUCUAAUGAAAACCUAUUCAGUCAGUCAAUAACUUGUCAUGAAUUCAACACAUGUCUUGUCAACACAUGUCAUAACUGUCACCUAAAAUUGUAUACCUCGUAGGCAGUUUAAAGGCACUUCAUGAAUAUUAAAAUGCUCAACUCUUUCAACUGCUUCUUUGCCUAU